CACCCACAAGAAAAAUAAAUUCGUUGAUCGUAACAGCCUUCGGCUCGUGCCGUUGUGUUACUCAUGUGCGGCUCGUGCGACCAACUUCACCGCCUGCUUAUAAAGUUCGCUUUCUCGCAGUUGUAUCGCAAAGUACUAUUAUUCUAUGACACAAUCUGACCUUCUUCUGUUUCGAUAACCGUUGAUAUUAGGACUCACGAAAAUGUCGGGCCAAAGAGUUAUCACAUCGAAAUCAUCAGUAGUCGAUGCGGGAGAAGCGAAUUAUAUUAAUAUCAGAAAGGGUGAUGGGAUGUUCACCUUUCCCAAUGGAGAUAGGUACGAAGGAGGAUACAAAAUUCAUCUGGACAAACAUAUUCUGGUGAAGCAAGAUUACGGAAUUUACCAGACUGAGAACUUCGACAAGUACGAAGCUACGUGGGACGGCGACAAGAUUAAACACAAUUUCUCUGUACGAUAUUCUAACGGUAUGAGGUAUAGAGGUGGUAUCGAUGUAGAAGGUGCUUUAAACGGUCAUGGAAUUUACACGUUUCCUGAUGGUUCAUCCGUGGACGCUACUUGGCAGGAAAAUAAGCCAAUCCUCAAUGUAAUUUAUAGAGAGCCGCUCGGAUUUGUAUGGAAUAGCGAAUACGCUUCUGGGGUAUUAAUAACAAGCAUUUGUUACUACUACAUGUUUAGAUGCUGAUCUUUAUAUAAUAGAUACAGUAUCCAAUCA